GCAAAGUGAUGGCAUGGGGGUAUGUGCUUUUAUUUUGAAGGGAAACACAGUUCUUCCGGUUACACUUCCUUGUUUUAUUGAUUUUGACUUAUACUCGACCUCGCUGUCAUAUAUACAGAUUUAACUGCACACAUCUCAAGAGAGAAGACAUGCAAGUUUGUUCACAUUGCAGCUGCUCUGGUUUCACACAGUGUAGACCUGCAGUUCAGUAACUAGUUAGCUCUCAGCCAUGUCCACGUGGCGCAGGCUGCAUGUGAAGGUGAGGACAGCUCAUGGAUUACUACUUAAUGGUACCUGCAGACUGGGGACACAACAACACACAUGGCCGAAUGGACACUUAACCUUAUGUCAAAGCCUAAGUACAGGCAGACCUUUAAGGAAUGACUUCUUCAAAGACCUGGAGACCCAGCUGGCAGCUAUGAGGAAGAAGGCGUCGGACGCUCUUCCAGGGAGCAGCUGGAGCCCCCUGGAGAUAAACAAGAACCUUCCCCCGGAGAGGGCCGACAUUGUGAUCGUAGGAGGCGGUGUGAUGGGCUGGUCCGUCGCCUACUGGCUCAAGCAGAAGGAGAGGGUGCGAGGAGGGGUGAAAGUUGUUGUGGUGGAGAAGGACCCAACGUACUCCCAGGCCUCCACCGUGCUGUCUGCGGGGGGGAUCCGACAGCAGUUCUCGCUGCCCGAGAACAUCCACCUCUCCCUGGCCUCCGCAGACUUCAUGAGGAACAUCAAUGAACACCUCGACGUGUUGAACGAAGACCCAGUGGACCUCCAGUUCAACCAAUCAGGAUACCUCUUCCUGGCCAAUGAGAAGGUGGCUCACAUUAUGGAGGAGAACUACAGCACCCAGAGGAACGCUGGAGCCAAAGUUUCACUUCUCUCUCCGACACAAGUGAAAGAGAAGUUUCCGUGGAUAAACACAGACGACAUCGCGCUCGCUUCAUAUGGGUUGGAGAACGAGGGCUGGUUCGACCCCUGGACGCUGCUGAACGCCUUCAGGAGGAAGGCCAUCUCUAUGGGAGUCAUUCAGUGCUGCGGAGAAGUCACAGAUUUUAAAUACACCGUAAACGUGAUGACAAACGCUGAUGGUGAUCAAAUGGAUUUCAGGAGGAUCAAAUCUGUCAAAGUGCAGAUGCCUAACAGUCUGGAGUACCAGCCGGUUGAAUGUGCCAUUGUGGUGAAUGCAGCAGGAGCCUUUUCUGCUAAACUGGCAGAGAUGCUGGGAAUCGGCUUCGGUCCCAAAGACUCCAUCGCUGGAAUCCCGGUCCCUGUUGAGCCUCGCAAAAGAUAUAUAUAUGUGGUCCACUGUCCUGAUGGUCCAGGUCUAGACACUCCCUUCCUGAUUGAUUACUCUGGAGUUUACUUCAGAAGAGAGGGGUUAGGAGGGAACUACAUCGCCGGGACAUCACCAGAGGAGUUGGAGGAGCCAGACACCAGUAACCUGGAGGUGGACCACCAGUUUUUUGAGGACAAGGUUUGGCCCAGCUUGGCCUCUCGUGUUCCUGCCUUCGAGAAGCUGAAGGUGAAGAGUGCCUGGGCUGGUUUCUACGACUACAACACCUUCGACCAGAACGGCAUCAUUGGCCUGCACCCUCUCAUCAACAACAUGUUCUUUGCCACCGGUUUCAGCGGCCACGGCCUGCAGCACUCCCCCGCGGUGGGUCGAUCUGUGGCAGAGCUGAUCCUGGAUGGAAAUUUCACGACGUUGAACUUGAGCGGCCUCGGCUUCAGACGCAUUCUGGAGCAGGAACCCAUGCUGGAGAGGAACAUCGUUUAGACGAUCUGGGACCUUUUGGUGUUUUUAAAGGGUUGUUACGGAUUCACCAAAGUCACACAAUAACACAAACUAGCUGAUCGAGGCAGCGGUUGACCAGCAACUCCUGUGUUGUGUGAGGCAAAAUGACUGUUUUUGUUUCUUUACCCGGCUACUGCAAAUGGAGCAAUAUACAACAUUACGAGUAUUUCAGGUGUUGUAUAGACAUUGUGCACCAGAUGGAGCCAUUUCUGUGUGAUUUUAAUAUCAAGUAACUAGCGUUGUAGUGUGGAGCAUCACCCCUUCUUAUAAGUCAAAUUUAAGGCAAACUGUUUCAGCAAAAUUUUAAUUUGGAAGUCAAAAGCGAAAUGAUUUAUUAUUUUAAGUCAGUAACAAGAAGAGAGAGGACAGAUCAGGACCAAUUAGUUUAUUCUAAAACUAUUUAAAAACUGAAAAUGUCACAUAGUAAUGAAAACAGCUAAGAUGAGCAUGUUAUAACUGAAAGAUCAUUACUAAAACUCUAAGCCAAGUGGAAAAUAUGCCGUUCUUGUAGAACAUGAGCAAUAAAAGCACCUAAUUCAAGACCCUGAUACCCUUACAUUAUUAAUGAUAUUUAAAGUGCGGGAUGUACACUGGAUUAAUGAGGUCCAUGCAUAUUAAAUUGUGGUGUCUGUUGGUCUUAGCGAUGAGGUUAUUUACCAAAUAUUAGCUCUGACAGGCUUAGUUAAUAAAGCUGUCUUGUUUAAUACUU